AUGGAGCCGAUGCCAUCUGCAGUAUUGCCUUUGACAAUACCCAGCCACAAUGCUGCUGCUGGCCUGACAGAGGAUACUAGCUCAAAUGGGGGGUUCAUAUCCGGAGACCCUGCUCCCCUGAAAGAACGGGAAGAUGAUAUAGUGGUUAUAAAAAUCACUGGGAAAUCUACCAGGAAACCUCGUCAACCGAAGGUAUCAAAACCAGCGGCCCCCAAACGGGCUAAGCCUAAACCAGCAGCAAAGUCAAAAGCUUCAACUAAAGGGGCAACUGAAAAGGACCCUUCUACAGCAGAUAAUGAUGGUAAAGAUGCUGAGGGCAAAGAGAUCAAAGCCAAGACAUCAAAGCCAAGGGCGAAAAAGACUGGUACUAUGAGUAGCCACUUCCCGUCGGUAGAGGAGCCUGGAGUCUCUGAAAAGCAGAAAAAGGUUGAUGUAAAUGAGCCCCUUCACCUAGAACAAGCAGCCGCGCGGAGAUUGGAUUGGACACCUCCAGCUCAGAAGACAGUUGUCAACGUUGAUUCAGAUUCGUCAGCUUUCAAGCAGCUAGGUUCUUCGGAGGCAGGUCAUCCUCUACCUAUCUUCAAGGAUAUGGUCGAAGGGUACUCUUGUUUGGAAGUUACAACGGAACCUGCACCCCAGACAAUGCUGAGCGCCUCGGACGAGGACUCGAGUUUCUUGAAGAAGCGAAAGCGCAUCGAACUUUUAGCAACCAAAGGUGGAAACACGACAGCAGUACCGCCAGAGAAAUCACCCACCAAGAAACCCCCGAAGAAGAAGAAGCCCAGAACUAUAACGGAGCUUGCAACAGCUGCAUACAGAGUUCCUAGUCAGCCUGAAACUGAGACCCCAGAUGAUUCUAUACUUGAUCACUUUCAGACAACUAACAAUGAGGCGGGCACAGCAGGCGACGCACCGCCUAAAACCACAAAAGGCAAAGGAAAUCAGAAACGGAAAACGUCAAAGGCGCCCAAAAAGAAAGCACCUCCCAAACCCAUGUUAUUGUCGCCUAGUACAGCGUUGGCACAGGUCGCCAAUCAAGAUUUUGUCUUCGGAACCUCAAGCCAGCUGGCCAGGGAAGAAUCUCCAACAGUGUUGAGAGAUCUUCAAGCUGCUUUGAGGCAGUCGAACCAGAACGACGAUAUGGAUUUCGCUGUACCCAUUAACAGUGAUGCCAUCGAACCACCAGAGCAACGAAGUAAUCUUUGGGAUGCAGCAGCCCGAGAUGCCGAAGGAGAUCUCUUCGAUGUUGAAGUGAUCAACUUGAUAGAAGACACGUCGCGACUACAACAGCAGGAUGAUUCCGCGAACCCAUUCGGAUAUCGUUUAGGCGGAGAUGAAUCAGUCAUCGCCAUCGAGGCCCCGGUGUCAGACACGCAUGUUACAUUUAGCAAGCCUCCGGACGCUUUGCAAUCGCCUGGUGAAAGGGCCGCGCAUGCCUCGGGGGAUGAUUCUCCAUACUUCUCAGACAGUGAUCUGUCGACAAGUACAAAUAUACAACGCUCGGUACCUGAGCAGAAAGAGAUUGAGCAACAACGCCUGGCGAUUUCAAUGGCAGAGCCUGACAAACUACCUCAAGUCUCGCCACAGCCACCUCGACCCAACUACGAAGGUUUCACAGAUAUUCGACUCGCAAGGGAAAUAAAAAAGUUCGGGUUCAAGCCUAUCAAGCGAAGAAGUGCCAUGAUUGCCUUGCUCGACCAAUGUUGGCAGAGUAAGGUUCGUAUGGUCCAGGCGGGUUUUCAUGCCAGCGCUAAGUCACCUGCUAUUUCUAAAACUACCAAAAAGACGAGCUCGCCAGCAACCACAAGCAGCCAAAAGAGACCCAGGGGACGGCCGCGGAAGAGCAGCCUUAGCGCUCCGGAACCACAGGAGCCACCUCCUUCAGCUCAGCCUCCAGAAACUCCUAAGCGGCCUCGUGGUCGACCGAGGAUAGACAGUUUGGGUUCAUCACCAGGCAUUAUAUCUCCCCGAAAAUCUAAAUCAGUUUCACCAUCAAAGCGAGCGGCAUCAUCGCCUCGCCAUGGGAAGGCUAGCAAGAAGUCUGUAAUUGAGAUCCCUGACUCCGAGGACAAUGAAAGCGACUUCGUCUCUUCACCUCAAGCCAAUCUUGACCGAAUGUUUUCCUCCCCACCUCCCUUGGAUAUGUCCCUCACCACCAAUGACAGCACAGAACCUCCGCUUACAGCAACCCCGACCGAUCAAGAAGUGGCGUUGUUCGAGCACAUCACCAAUGCCGUCAGAUCAGCCCCACGUACUACUGAUCCGCAAGAGCCUUCAUGGCAUGAGAAGAUAUUACUCUAUGACCCAGUUGUGCUGGAGGAUCUCGCAACAUGGCUCAACACUGGCGAACUCAGUCGUGUGGGUUACGACGGAGAAGUAAACCCGAACGAUGUCAAAAAAUGGUGCGAGUCGAAAAGUAUAUGCUGCCUGUGGCGAGUCACUCAUCGAGGCAACGAACGAAAACGAUUUUGA